AUGGCUACUUUAGCCUCGUCCGCUACGCCUCUACCAAAUGGUGGCUUGAUUGACCCCACGAAGCAAGCAGAAUAUCCCAUUCUCUUGGGAGACAAGUUGGCUCGAAGGGAAGAAGCUAGUAGCAAUGGAUUUAUCAGUGUCACAUACAACCAUAAGAGCAAGUCAGCUUCUCGACAGCAGCGUGCAACAAUAACUGCAUCGAAGUCUUCCCGCCAUCUUUACAAGCUCACACUGCAGGACAAAGGCCCCAAUGCAGACCAGAACAUUGUGCACACAUACCAAGGCAGCGUUGAUCCUACUUCCCCAGUAUCCGUGUCAGAGACUGGCAAUUUGGUCUUGGUGUUUGACCCAAAGCGAAAAGCGUUCAUUCUUGAACCUGUCAUGACCAGGCUGAAUUUCAACCUUCGAUCUGCCCCUGGGAAAUCUACCCAACAAGUUACAGAGCAAUACCCGCAGCUUAAUGUUCUCUCUGGAGAGGAUCACGUAUCCGGCGAUGAUCUACUACUGGAAAAACCGGGUGAAGAUGAUUCGGAAGGUGCUCCGGAUGACAGCAAUCCGUAUGAUUUUCGACACUUUCUUCCAAAAUCUAAAGCCGACGACGAUAUACCUGAAUCCAUUACACCUGAUCCACAUCAAGUUACCGCGAGUCAACCAGCUUCUCGAUUGGCACCACCACAACCACCACCAUUGUCCAGCGGGAAACCCAGGCCGAAGCCUGCUGCAAAAGCCAAACCUCAGACAAACCCUCUCCGACCGCUGAAACGCCUACCGAAGUCAAUAACUAAUCCCAAAAUACCGACUAUACCCAAACCUCAAUCCGCUCCUCUUGUUGAGGAAGUGGGCUUGGUCCUUGAUUCAGCGUCAGAUGGAGCGUCAGAUGGAGCGUCAGAUGGAGCGUCAGACGAAGAAGAAGAAGAAACUACUACACAAAAUGUGGUCGACAAUACGGCAUCACAGCCUGCUGCAUCACCCGGAGCGAAUAUAAUUGUUGACGGCGACCUGAUUAUUGAUAUGGGUUCUCCACCCCCCGCACGACCGGCCUUCAAAAUAAAUCCUCGUCAUUUCUCGUCGAACAAUACCUCUGCCAAUGAGGCAGACUACGAUAGUGAUGAUGAGGGGGAGAUAGAAGACUUGAGAUUGCCGUCUCCAGCUGGCGCCUCGUACCACGGACAUGAAGAGGACGAAAAAGAGGAAGACGAAGAGGAAGAACAAGAAAGAGAAAGAGAAAGAGGAGAAACCAGGCAGGAUGACGUUAUUGAUGAUGAUGAUUUGGCUGCUGAGAUGGAAGCUGCUUUUGAAGAGAGUGCAAGAGAAGAAGAACAGGAGAGGGCUCAGCAGCUGCUGCUGCAACAGCAGAUGCAACACCACAUUGUUAGCGAGGAUGAAAGCGAACGGAGCAACGUUGAUCCGGACCGUAAUUAUCCUUCAUCCAAUUCCUUAACUUUCACCUUCAUCUUCCGCGUCUCGACACCAACUUAUAACGCCAAACACUCUCGCAAAGCUCCAUAUCUCCUUGAAUUCACAACUACGACACCCGGCCGAGAACUUUUACGUUCUGCAAUUAUCCCUCAUGACCUCUCCGGCUCAUGUCCUCUUCAGGGGACUUGUGUGUUGAGUGAGCGUGAAAUGACAUCAGACCAUUUAACCCUUAUUGUAACCCUUAGACAACACCUGCAGUUGGUCAGUGAGCUAGCUGUCUUACCUUGCGAAGUUGCGCAAUAUCGAUUGCUAGCUCUGUUUCUUCGGUUAUCAAACAUGUCGGCCACGUCGACUUCGAAGCGCAUGUCCCUUCCGCCAGUCCCCUCGCCUUCCAACCCGAUCCUUGUCGCGACUCAGUCGCAGUGGAUAUUCACGGAUUCAGAACUUCACCGAACACCCUCCAUUCUCGACGGGAUGACUAUGGAAGCUGAACACACAAGCCGGAGUAAAGGGGUCAAUUUCAUCACCCAGGUCGGGAUCCUUUUGAAACUUCCGCAGCUCACACUCUGCACCGCGAGCGUCUAUCUCCACCGCUUCUUCAUGCGAUAUAGCAUGAAAGAUCUUCCUCAGCGCCCAGGAAUGCAUCCCUACUCCGUCGCUGCUACCUCUCUAUUCCUCGCGACCAAAGUCGAAGAGAACUGCCGCAAGAUGAAAGAACUGAUCGUAGCUUGUUGCCGCGUCGCGCAGAAGAAACCAAGUAUGGUCGUGGAUGAACAGUCGAAGGAAUUUUGGAGAUGGCGCGAUACUAUUUUACACAAUGAAGAUCUGCUGCUUGAGGCGUUGUGCUUUGAUCUCCAACUUGAGCAACCUUAUCGUCUCCUCUACGACUUCAUUUGCUAUUUCAAGGUGCAAGGGAACAAGAGGCUAAGGAAUUCCGCAUGGGCUUUCUUGAAUGAUUCUACGUAUACCGUACUAUGCGUCCAAUUUCCUGCGCGUACAAUCGCUGCAGCAGCGCUCUACGCGGCAGCAAGACACUGCGAAGUUACAUUUGAAGACGACGCCCUUAAUAGACCUUGGUGGGAGCAAUUGGACGUUGAUCUCAAUGAGAUGAGAAGGGCAUGCAACCGUAUGGCAGAUAUUUACGAGUUUGUUUCCGUUCCGGUGCCUGGACAGCAGUAUGCUCACCUCUCGACUGGGGACGAUGGAGCGACCGACCAGACAAGAACAUCCCAUCAACCAAAAAGUGAGAGCAGCAUGGAUAUUAGCGCCAACAGCAUGUCUCCUGGUGAGAUUAACGGGCGCAAACGGGAAAGGGAUAACCAUUCUGACUCAUUUAGCCAAUAUCCAAUCAGCCUUCCUGCAAACGGAACAACGUCGGGGACACAGGAUCCUCAACCUUCUCCGAAGCGCCAACGUCGUGAAGGGAGUGAAGUUGAUGCCGAUACAGCUCCUUUCAGCCAGACACAACCUCCUCUAUCAUCACAAACUUCAUUCGUUCAGGCUGCUCCAAACCUGAAUAUGCGAACUGCCACCAAUGAUCCCUCCAGCCAGAUACCUUCAGAGAUUAAUGGACAUCCCAGGAAUGUCUCUCCUCCCAAAAGUAGAAUCCCCCAGGCAGCUCGAAUUCCUGCCAACGUAGCACGACAAGAACACCCACUUCCGCCACCUCCACCCGUUACUGUACCCCCUCUUCCUCACCAACAUUCCCCACCCCCUCGUCGUGCAAGUUAUGCGAACAAUCCACCACCACCCCCAAGAGGCCCGCCGCUGUCAUCGGGGCCAUCAAUGUUCCAUCCACCACCUCCUCCUCCGCCAUCUAAUUCUUCUAGCGUUGAUGAAUUACAGCAACGCAUUGAUGCCAUCAUCCAGCAAGGUUUGCCACGGGACAAUGACCGGUCUCACGAACCUAGAGGGAGCUAUCACUACCAUCCACCAUCAAGAGAUAGGGAUGGAAACAGAGAAAAAGACAGAGAUAGAUAUCUGGACAGUGAUAUCGAUAGGAGUCGGGAGAGGGAUAGAUAUAGGGAGAGAGGGAUUGACAAGGAUAGAGAAAAGGAGAAAGACAAAGGGCGCGAUUAUGACCGCGACUUUAACUGUUCCAGAAGGCAGUCGUCAGAGGCAUCAGGUUCCGUAGCCAUCUCUGCAUCUCUAUCCGCGCCAUCUUUCUCCGGAGCACCACCAGCAACCGUACUGCCGCCUCCUUUAGCCCCGUCGGCUGACACACGUAAGGAAUCAGGACAGGAUCAACAAGAGAAAGGUGAGGCAGUGAAUGAGGAUACCACGACGAAGACCACUGUGUCACAGGUGAUCGGAAACAAUAGUGCUGAACCUGAUGAUGGUGGUAGUGAGGAGGAGCAAUGGGUGGUGGAUGAUGGGCACAAUGUGGAUUCUGUCAAACGCCCCUUUCGCGACAAAGGCACCUUACGGUUCUACGCUGAUAUUUGA